AUGUUGGCAGUGGCUGUUGCUACGUGUAAAGUAGUGAUAGUACUUGGAGCUCUGCUGCUGCAGAUUGCUCAAUCUCAAUCACCGGUUGAGCGGUCGGACCACAAGUGCGGCCAAUACCCCGACGGCACAUGGGCUCAAUGCGGCCCGGGACGAUGUUGCAGUACCAAAUUCUACUGCGGCGACAAUUGGGAGCACUGUGACGGUAUUUAUUGUUGGUACCAGUGUCAUAAGGUUCCUUAUCCUCCGGCAGGAGGAGGAGUACUCAUCGCACCUCUUCUACUUAACGAUACGCUUCAUAACCGCUAUUUGAAUGGUGAUCAUGAUGAUAAUGAUGAUCUCGUGGAAGUGCGGCCCGCCAAUGCUUCUUCUUCUUCUUCUUCUUCUUCUUUCUCGUCACCGUUAUCGUGUGCAGCUUCUCUCUCCCGCUUGCCUCUAGCUUCUCGUCACAAGUAUCCUUUUGCUGCUCUACCUGCUCCGCGGCCUCAAAACAAUGCUACUGUUACUCACUGCGGACGUUGUUUGAAGGUCACAAGUUUUGGAGUUGAAGGGCUUCCUAAUCAAGUGAAGGUCCGCAUUGCUCAUGAGCAUACCAAUCAGGGGCUUGAAUUAUUGGAUUUCAAUACCUUCAAACAACUUGAUAUAGAUGGUAGUGAAAUUACUAAAGGUCGUAUCUUGGUGAAGUAUCAGUUUGACAAUUGUUAA